UUUGGCAAAACGUUAAGCAAAGACUCUAUUCUCUCGACAAACACUAUCUGUCGCUCGGAUUCGCUCCAGAGGUCGGUCUCUCUGUCCCUCAAUUCACUCUACAAUUCCUCUCUUCCAAAGGGAACGACGACUUACUUCUCGAAGAACUGCACGAAAGAAGACUCGGAUGUCGUCAACCAAUUCCUCAAAUCAAUUAAUAUGGACGCCUACAACAGCCGCGUCUUCAAGGACUCGGAAACCAAUACUUUUGAGAUCAGAUUCGCGUCCAUUCUGUCCACCGAAGACAAACAGGACUCGGAUUAUCUGCAACUUAAGCAGAAUGAGUUGAAUGGCGCGAAGUUUGUGUUGAGUCGCGGCGAUUACUCGCCUUUGCUUCGUCUGCUCAACAAAUACUUAUCGGACGCCAAAACCUUCGCCCAAAACGAGACCGAAAAGCAGAUGAUUGACCGAUACUUAUAUCACUUCCUGAGCGGAGACCUCAAAGCACACAAAGACGGCUCUCGCUUCUGGAUCAAAGACAAGGGACCCAUUGUCGAGACGUACAUCGGCUUCAUCGAGAACUACAGAGAUCCGGCCGGAAUGCGAGCCGAGUUCGAGGGCUUCGUUUCGAUUGUCAACAAAGAGAUGUCCAAAAAGUUUGAAUCUUUGGUGAAUUCGGCGCCAUCGCUGCUGCCUCUGCUUCCGUGGCCCAAGGAGUUCGAGAAGGACCGCUUCCUUCAGCCCGACUUCACGUCUUUGGAUGUGUUGACGUUCGCGGGGUCGGGAAUUCCCGCGGGAAUCAAUAUUCCCAAUUACGUGGAGCUCCGACAGAACGAGGGCUUCAAAAACGUGUCGCUCGGAAACGUGAUCACCGCGUCGUUCAAAGACCCGAAACCCAACUUCUUGGGCGCAGAGGACGCGAAACUGUUGGAGAAAUACGCCGUCCACUCGUUUGAGGUUCAGGUGGGGCUCCACGAGCUGUUGGGUCACGGAAGCGGAAAACAGUUGCAAAUCGCGGACCAAAAACCCAAUUUCGACGUCGAAAACACGAAGAAUCCGUUGACGGGCGAGAAAGUGGACAAAUGGUACAAAACGGGCGAAACGUAUGACUCGGUGUUCACCUCUUUGGGCAGUUCUUACGAGGAAUGUCGCGCCGAAUGCGUCGGUCUCUACCUC